AUGCAAUCAUCAGUGAUUUACAGCAUAUUUAUAAAUAGAGGCGCUGCUGAUGCCAAAAUGAAACUGUAUACUUUGUGCUUUCCGGGUCUUCUGGGGCUACUGCUUGCUGCUAUAGGAGUUGCAGCAGGCGACCAAGUUCAUGCGGGUGGCUUGGUCAGAAAAAGGAACUACGACCCCUCUCUAGACCCAAACCCCAAAGACACAAUUGGGGCACUUCUUAUUAAAAUACUGCAUUCUGUGGAGUCUGAGAAAUCAUUGACCAAAGUUAUGCGGGCACUAGAAGAAAAAGCCGAGAAUAUUGAGUGCGCAAAAGUAACGUAUGAAAUGCGCCAGAAUGCGUGUGAGGUGCUGAAGGAGCUGAGGCGCCCCGUUAGGUUUUCAAAGACCUGGUAUGACUGCAUAGAUAGCAGAAGUCUCUACAAAAGGCGCUUUGACUUUGUUUCCAGCCGGAUGCAGAGAAGGGACUUGGCUAAUGAGUGGAUAAAAAGCGUCCAACCGCCUGAACGGCUGGAAGUUCGGGUUAUAAUGGGAAUACACAAAGCCGAAAUCAAUGCGGAAAACAGGCGCCUAGAGUUGUUUAUAGAGCCCCCGCACCCGAAGCACCAAGUGUGCAUGCAUUUGGAAAAGCUCUUCAGCAGUGUUAUGGAAAGCCUCUGUCUGUCGCAAUCUGGCCGCAUAGAAGAGCACAGCGCCUUUGUGCGUGAUGUCUGGUGCGAAGCAUUUAGCAUCUUCCUGCACAGGUUUAAGGUAGGCUAUCCAGACCCUGCGAGUGACCCGAGUAAAGCAGCACAGCACGUUGAAAAAUGCAUUGUGGAUCUGAAGGAGGCUCUUGUCCCCAUCUACAUGAAGGAUUACAACUCAAAUGGCACACCCGUAGACAUGACUGAGGAGGAGGCUGAAAACCACGCGCAAAACGUCAAGCGCAUAAGAAACUUCGUAGAGAUGACCGAGCUCUCCGUUCGGUGCAAUACCUUCUUCAUCCACCAAAGGUACAACUACCUGUUCUUGAUUAAGAAAGUGCUUAUGGUGAGCCUAAGAACCCCCUACGCAGCCACCUACAUAGAAUAA